AUGUCUGCCGAGAUGGAAUACGUUCGUCUCGGAAAUUCGGGUCUGAAGGUAUCCAAGAUUAUCUUGGGUACCAUGGGCUUUGGAAGCAAGGAGUGGCAGGAUUGGGUUCUCGAUGAAGAAGAUUCCCUGCCUCUGAUCGAGCAUGCGUACAAGCGGGGUAUCAACACCUGGGAUACUGCCGAUGUCUACUCCCACGGCCGCUCCGAGGAAAUUGUGGGUAAGGCAUUAAAGAAGUACAAUAUUCCCCGCAACCGGGUGGUGAUCAUGACCAAGUGUUUCUUCGGAGUCGACGACGAGGGUACUCAACCUCCCAUCUCCGCUUGUGCUCGUAACGAUGGUGCCUGGGUCAACCGUACCGGUCUGUCUCGGAAGCACAUUCUCGACGCGGUCGACGCCAGUGUCGAGCGUCUGGGCACUUACAUCGAUGUCUUGCAAAUCCACCGCCUCGACCGGGAGACUCCCCGUGAAGAGAUUAUGAAGGCGCUCAAUGACGUUGUUGAGAGCGGAAAGGUCCGCUAUCUCGGAGCCAGCUCGAUGCAUGCAUGGGAGUUCCAAGCUCUGCAGAACGUCGCCGACCGUAAUGGCUGGCACAAGUUUAUCUCGAUGCAGAACUACCACAAUCUGAUUGAUCGCGAAGAAGAGCGCGAGAUGAUCCCUUACUGUCUUGAUAGUGGUGUCUCACUUAUCCCCUGGUCCCCAAUGGCCCGUGGCGUGCUGACUCGGCCGUGGAACUCGCCUGGGAGUGUGCGCGAGAGCACCGACGCUACUCUUAAAGGCAUUGUGCGUGGUCGUCAAAACGAGGCUGAUGAGGCUAUUGUUGGUCGUGUUGAGGAGCUGGCUGGCAAGAAGGGAGUGACCAUGGCACAGAUUGCUCUUGCUUGGUCGCUGAGCCAACCUAGUGAACAGCCUAUUGUUGGAUUGAGCAGCAUCAAACGUAUUGAUGAGGCCGUUGCUAGUCUGCAGGUUAAGUUGGCCCCUGAGGAGAUCAAGUAUCUGGAGGAGCCGUACGUGCCCAAGGUUGUCAUUCCCAUGUAA